AGUAAAUUUAAUCGAAUACGUAAUUCCAGAGAGAGAACACCCCCUGAAAUACGAUAUAACGUAGAGGGACGUGGAAGCCUGUGGUGCUAAAGCAUCAAACAACUCCACCUCACUUCUCCUUCACACUGAGAUCGUUCUCUGUCACUGCGUGUGUCUCUGCGAGAGAUAGAGAGAGAGAGAAAUGGGAGAGGUUCGCGGAGGGUGGAUCCCGCCGAUGUACCUGUUAAGGUCGGAGGCGAUGCAGCUGGUGCAGCUCAUCAUCCCCAUGGAGUCCGCUCACGUCACCGUCUCCUACAUCGGCGACCUCGGCCUCAUCCAAUUCAAAGACCUCAACGCGGACAAGAGCCCCUUUCUGCGGACUUAUGCUGCUCAGAUAAAAAAAUGUGCGGAGAUGGCACGCAAAUUACGUUUUUUCAAGGAACAAAUGCUCAAGGCAGGGUUUUCUCCAAAAAAGUCUGCAACACAAGUUGAUAUCAAUGUGGAUGAUUUAGAGGUAAAACUUGGUGAACUUGAGGCUGAGCUGAUUGAAAUAAAUGCAAAUGGUGAGAAGUUGCAACGUGCUUAUAAUGAGCUAGUAGAAUAUACGCUUGUUCUGCAGAAGGCUGGUGAGUUUUUUCAUGCAGCUCACAGUAGCGCCUCAGAACUACAGAGAGAGUAUGAAUCGCGUCACAUUGGUGAAGAAUCCUUGGAUACACCUUUAUUAUUGGAGCAAGAAAAGUCAACUGAUUCAUCAAAACAAGUUAAGUUGGGUUUCCUCACGGGCCUUGUUCCUAGGGAAAAGUUUAUGGCAUUCGAGAGGAUUAUUUUUCGCGCUACUAGGGGUAAUGUCUUUCUAAGGCAGGCUGUUGUUGAGGACCCUGUGACUGAUCCUGUUUCUGGAGAGAAGGUGGAGAAGAAUGUGUUUGUGGUUUUCUACUCUGGAGAAAGAGCAAAAAACAAAAUUCUUAAAAUAUGUGAGGCUUUUGGUGCAAAUCGUUAUCCUUUUAAUGAGGAUUUGGGCAAACAAGCUCAAAUGAUCAAUGAGGUUUCAGGAAGACUCUCAGAGCUCAAGACUACUAUAGACGUUGGACUGCUGCAACGUGGCAGUUUGUUACAGACUAUUGGAGAUCACUUUGAGCAGUGGGACCUUUUGGUGAGAAAGGAGAAAUCCGUACAUCACACCCUGAACAUGCUUAGCCUUGAUGUGACAAAAAAGUGUCUUGUUGCUGAGGGUUGGAGUCCUAUUUUUGCAACAAAACAGAUCCAGGAUGCAUUGCAGAGGGCAGCAUUUGACUCUAACUCCCAAGUUGGAGCAAUUUUCCAGGUUUUGCAAACAAAGGAGUUACCACCUACCUAUUUUCGCACAAACAAAUUCACUUCUCCUUUCCAAGAAAUAGUUGAUGCAUACGGGGUGGCUAAAUAUCAAGAAGCAAAUCCUACUGUAUACACUAUCGUUACAUUCCCAUUUCUUUUUGCUGUCAUGUUUGGUGAUUGGGGGCAUGGAAUAUGCUUAUUACUUGCAACAUUAUUUCUAAUAGCCAGGGAGAAGAAAUAUUCUAGUCAGAAGCUUGGAGACAUUAUGGAAAUGAUGUUUGGUGGUCGUUAUUGUAUUUUGAUGAUGGCACUCUUCUCAAUCUACACAGGUUUGAUCUAUAAUGAAUUCUUCUCGGUCCCAUUUGAGCUGUUUGCUCCCUCUGCAUAUGCAUGCCGUGAUCUUUCUUGCAGAGAUUCUACUACAAUGGGCUUGAUUAAGGUGCGUCCCACUUAUCCAUUUGGCGUAGAUCCUGCAUGGCAUGGUUCCCGCAGUGAGCUGCCAUUCCUCAACUCUUUGAAGAUGAAAAUGUCGAUCCUUAUCGGGGUGGCCCAAAUGAACCUUGGGAUCCUAUUAAGCUAUUGCAAUGCCAAAUUCUUCAGGAAUAGCGUGAAUGUCUGGUUCCAAUUUGUUCCCCAGAUAAUUUUUUUAAACAGUUUGUUUGGCUACCUGUCCCUUCUCAUCCUUGUGAAGUGGUGCACUGGUUCGAAAGCUGAUCUAUACCAUGUAAUGAUAUACAUGUUCCUCAGUCCUACUGAUGAUCUUGGCGAAAACCAGCUUUUUGUUGGCCAGAAGACACUGCAGCUUGUGCUAUUAUUACUGGCCUUUGUUGCUGUACCCUGGAUGCUAGUUCCGAAGCCUUUUCUUUUGAAGAAGCAACACCAAGAUCGGCACCAAGGCCACUCCUACACACCGCUUGAGAGCACAGAGGGCACCUUUCAACUGGAGUCAAAUCAUGAAUCCCAUGGUCAUGAGGAGUUCGAGUUUAGUGAAGUUUUUGUACACCAACUCAUACAUACAAUAGAAUUUGUGCUCGGAUCAGUCUCGAAUACAGCUUCUUACCUUCGUCUAUGGGCCCUAAGUCUUGCGCACUCGGAGUUGUCAAGUGUAUUCUAUGAUAAACUUCUCCUGCUGGCUUUGGGGUACAACAAUAUAAUUAUCCUUAUAGUUGGCAUCGUCGUCUUUAUUUGCGCUACCGUUGGGGUGUUGCUAGUGAUGGAAACUCUCAGCGCUUUCCUACAUGCUUUGCGUCUUCAUUGGGUGGAGUUCCAAAACAAGUUUUACGAGGGAGACGGUUACAAGUUCUAUCCAUUCUCAUUCGCACUACUUGAUGGCGAAGAUGAAUGAGGCACUGUUAAAAAGAAUGGAGUUGUGUGUGCAUAGGUAUGGAUCUUUGUUGAUUCUUUUAUUUGAAAAUGAAGAGGUGGAUUGGUAUGUAGUAGCAGUUGCGGGCAAGUGUAAUAAUAAGAAUAAGUGAACAGCAUUCUAUUUAAUAUUAUUUAUAAUUUAUCCAAAAAGUACUAGACUUCUAUA